CCCUGCGCGCUCUCCCGGGUGGCGACGGAGCGGGCGGCUGCCUUGGCGGAGCAGCCCGAGGAGGAAAGCUCUUGCCAGCUGCUCGGCCGGGGCAUCGGCCCUGGAAACGCCUCUGCUUUCCCUUGGCUGGGGACUCCUCCGCGUGCAGCUCUUGCUGCGCCCGGAGCGGAGGGAUCAUGUCGGUAGCGGGACUGAAGAAGCAGUUCCACAAAGCCAGCCAGCUAUUCAGUGAAAAAAUCAGCGGAGUGGAAGGAACAAAACUCGAUGAAGAUUUCCAUGAGAUGGAACGGAAGAUUGACAUCACCAACAAAGCUGUGGCAGAACUCCUGUCAAAGUCCACUGAAUAUCUGCAACCUAAUCCAGCCUACAGAGCUAAGCUGGGAAUGCUGAAUACCGUGUCCAAGAUACGAGGGCAAGUGAAAGCCACAGGGUACCCUCAGACAGAAGGGCUGCUUGGAGAGUGUAUGCUUCGAUAUGGGAGAGAACUUGGAGAGGACUCCGCAUUUGGCACUGCCCUAAUCGAUUCGGGGGAGAGCAUGAAGCUGAUGGGUGAAGUGAAAGACUCUCUGGACAUCAAUGUCAAGCAAAACUUCAUCGAUCCUCUUCAGCUGUUGCAAGACAAGGAUUUAAAAGAGAUUGGGCACCACCUGAAGAAACUAGAAGGCCGGCGUUUAGAUUACGAUUACAAAAAGAAGCGUCUAGGGAAGAUACCAGAUGAGGAGGUUAAGCAAGCUGUGGAAAAGUUCGAAGAAUCCAAAGAACUGGCAGAGAGGAGCAUGUUCAACUUUUUAGAAAAUGAUAUAGAGCAAGUGAGCCAGUUGCUAGUUUUUGUAGAAGCUGCAGUAGAGUAUCAUAAGCAGUCUACAGAGAUUCUAGAGGAUUUGCAGAGCAAGCUACAAAACAGGAUAAACAUAGCGUCAAGUCGUCCAAGACGUGAAUUCAGGCCAAAGCCGGUGAUAAGGGCACCUCUUGAAAUAAGCAACGGUCAGCAGCACAAUGGGAUUUCAUUCAGUCCAUCGAUAAAAUCCACAGGUUCUUCCUCACAUAUGGAACAGCCUUGCUGCCAAGCUUUGUAUGACUUUGAGCCAGAAAACGAAGGUGAGCUUGGAUUUAAGGAAGGUGAUGUCAUCACGCUGACCAAUCAGAUCGAUGAGAACUGGUUCGAAGGCAUGUUGAAUGGCGAAUCGGGCUUCUUCCCCAUCAAUUACGUGGAGGUUGUGGUGCCGUUGCCUCAGUGAGCCUGCCAUCCUCACGUCACAAAUGCAUUUCCGUGAGUGAAAAGAAGUCUUUCCCUCCAAAGUGGCUUUUCAUUUGUGUGGCAUUCUACGAAAGCCUUGUUCUUUUGACCAACUUACUGACUUUUUUGUAUGUGUCUUUAAAAAAAAAAAGUAUUUAUUUUGUAUUCAUGUAGUUUGUACAUAUAUAUAUAUAUAUCGUAUAAAAAAAAUCCUCCCCUUUUGUUAAAUAAACACACACAGAUUUCCCUGACCUAAUUCCUUGCUUUGUGCCUUGAAGAUCUGUACGUUUACUGAUAGAUCAACUGUUGCUUCCCAAGUGCAUUUACUUCCUCGCAUGAUGUCGGAAACUUCCCUCUACCUGCAGUGAAUUUACUCGUGGGCACAAUUUUUGAAGCUGCUGUGAGUAAGAGCUAGUUCUCAGUGAGUUACCUUUGUUACGUUCAACUUAACUGUGAAAAGCUAAUACCUGUUGUGUGCUGUACCCGAACAAAAAAGCCAAGUCAAUGUCACAGCUAAAUUGAUUCUCCAUUGAGCAAAUGUAAUAAACACUGUUGUGGGAAA